AUUAAUUAAGCCUGUACAGAUGUCUUAAAACUUAUCGAACAAAUAUAAAUAUACCUACCUACAGGACAGGAUAAAUAUAGAAAAUAAAUAAAUAUACAAUAUGUAGUAUAGGCUUAACUCUUGUAGAGUAGGGAAAGAAAACAAAAAUAAAUCAAUAAUCACUGUUAAAUACAAAUUUGGUAUGAAUUUUUCAUUGUCUAGUCUAGAAACCAAAGUUUACAAUACCUAUUUGAUUUUUUUUUUAGCAUUAUUAAUAAUUUAUUGCCUACUUAAUUUGUUUUCUACUCGUCCCUAUAAUUCAUCAGUUAAAAUAUGAAAUUAUACAGCUAUGGCUUCGGUGAACGUAUAAAGGAAUGUAUGAAAUUUAUGUAUAUAUCUUCUAUGGAUGUGUUUACGAAUAACUAUUUCUAAAAUUAUAUCUCUUCUAAGAAUGGAUUAUAACACGAUACAUUUUAACGAAUUCAGUGAAUAUGUUCCAUUUUGUAUUAGUAUUUUCGAUAAGGAAUUUGCACAAGCUCUCUCAACGAAUGAAUCUUUUGAUCACAUAUACUCUCAAUUUCCUCGUAUUAAAAAUUCAAUGAAGAGAGAAGAUCUUUAUCAGGAGAAUGUUCAAUUAGGAAGAGAAAUGUGUCUUACUAAUUGCAGAAUGUUCUUAUUGGAAGCCCUUCGUUUUUAUUCGUUAGAUGAAUUCUUAGAAAUUUUUAAAUUAAAUGGGACAAUGAAGCAGAGAGAGAUCGCUCAAAAAUCCUAUAUUUUAAAUAUUAACCUUUGUAGAAAAUUUUCGCCGUUGAAAGACGAAUCAAUUAAUAUAUGGGGUAAUUACUAUUGGACAAAGCUAACUUCACAAUUAAAGGAACUCUAUUCAAGCACGCACUUCCAAGAAAAGAACAUUCUUAAAAAAGAACAUUUUUAUAAUAAAGUUAAAUGGCUAAUUGGUAAUCAAACAGGUUUUUUACCGAAAAAGACGCUAUUAAAAGAUUUUCCUAAUUACGUUAUCGAUAAUGAUAAAUUAAUAGCCGAUUAUAACAAUACUCAAGAUAAUCAAAUAAUUGAGACUAUCUUGAAAAUUAAUUGGAGGAAAUUGGUAAUAAAAGGUGCAAAAGGAAUAGGAAAAUCUCUUAUUCUGAAGAAAAUUGCAGCAAGUUGGGCAAGGAAAACGGAAGUUACUUCAAAAUUAGUUCUUUUUAUACCGCAGGCCUACAGAGUUCAUGAUUUUCAAUCUCUUGUUAAAAUUAUAUGCAGCGAACUAUUGAUUGACCUUGAUCGUGAACUGUAUUUUCAUGUUGAAAAAUUAUUGGAGAAUUUACCUGAGAACAUAAUACUGCUGUUGGAUGACUCAUUCUCAGCUGAUAAUCGACGAGAUUCUUCUCACUGCUAUCCUUAUUUAUCUAAUUUUGUUGUUAUUGCCACUAGCUCUAUUAACCAAUUAGAGGCGGACAAAGUACAAGAUUUUAAAGUAGUAGAAAUUGAAGAGGAAUUUCUAGAGCAGAGCUUUAAAAAAGUUAUAAAUAGAGAAUAUUCGAUAGACGCCGAUAAUCUAAUUAAAGAAUUAACGUUCUUCGGCCUCAAUUUCUUCUUAUUAUUUCCAAAAUAUUGGUUUAUUAUCGUAAAAUUAUGGCAGAAGAGAUUACCAGUUAAUAAUUUCUUUUUAAGCCUACUAAAAAGUUGUUUUGGCAUCAAGGCAAAAGUUCUUACUGAUUUAUUGUUAGUAUCAUUCAAUUAUAUAAUUAAUUUGGAAAAUAAGGAGAACAACGGCUACCAAUCGAAAUAUUCUGCUAUCAACUGUAUAUUAACAACUAACGAAGAAGGUAAUCAGCAAUUUAAAAGUAAUAAGAUAAGAAAUUUAUUAAUUGCCGAACACUUAAUAAGAAAUGAAACAGAUUUACAAUUAUUCAUUAAAAAUCAUGAGUUAAUACGAAGCGAAGACGACACACUAAUCUUUGACGUGAUCUUUUAUAUUCUUUUGACAGUAAAGAACGCUCCUAAGGGUUUAGAUGAAUUAAUAACCAUUGAACCGUUCGAAAAUCAAUUAGUGAUAAUUAUGCAUACUGUUGAAAAUUUUGAUAGGAAAUUUGAAUUAUUUAACUGUCGAGAAAUGGUAAUAAACUUGGAAAAGUAUUCGACAUAUUACCUUGACAGACUUAUUAGAAAUAUUAAAUUUUUCAUUUCCAAAUUAAAUAGAAAAGAUAAUUUCAAGUUGACUUUUAAAUCUGAUAAGGAUUUAAAUGGUUUUUGGAAUAAAAGACUUGUUGAGUUUGUUAAUGGGAUAUUAACUAACUUUACAUCUAAUAAUAUAAAAUUAAGGGAACUAUGCUUUAAAAUUGGUCACGUUCCUAAUGAAGAAAAGAUUUUACAGAAUAUCAACAAUUAUAAAGAAAAAGAACACAAUGAUUUAGCUGUAAUACUCUGGAAUUUGAAUGAAGACUUUUAUCAUUCAAUCAAUCAGUACUUAAUUUCGAACCAUAACGUUUAUCUACUAUGUUUAAUCAAAUGUAAUGAAUAUUCUAAUAUUUUGGGAAAUAUUAGACAGAAUAGGCUACAAUUUAUUGUUAUUUAUAAUAGUAAUAACAUUGUUCCAAUUCUUCCCUUAAAGGAGAGAAUCAAAUUGAAUUCAUUAAUUAUUGAAAGUAUACAUUCGAAUAUAAAGAGUAUUGAUGUACAGAAUUCAACAAAUGUUUCGUCCCGUAAUUUCGAGAAUAAUUACAAGAGAGCUAUAGAAAUUUGCUCUAAUUUGAACUUUGUUGAUAGUUUAACCAAAUUUUCUAUAUCUUUUAGAAAUAUUGCAACAGCUAUACCUGCAGUUGUUAAAUCAUUAAAUAAUAAAGAAAUUACCGAAUUGUACUUGGAAGAUUGCGGUAUUAAUCUCUACUUAUUAAUCGAUUUAAAAAGGUAUCUGGUAGAUUUAAAGACUUUAAAAUAUUUAAAUGUUUGCCGUAAUAAUUUGGAUGGAAUUGUAUCGAACAAUCUCAACUCUGAAAUACAAUGUUUACAGUUACAAAGAUUAAAUAUGGAUAUGUGCGGUAUAUCAGACGAUAGUAUUUAUUAUUUAAAUAAUUAUUUCUUCAGAAAUAGCAAUAUAAAAAGGCUACAAUUAUCUUAUAAUUUUAUAUCUAAAAGUCUUAAAAGUCUAUUACAAUCAAUUAAUUUGGUAAACGAAUUAACUAUUCGAAGCAACGAUAUAACAAAAGGAGAUUUAUUGUGUGCUGUAAAACUCUUUCAAAGUAUGGAAGAAUUAAAGAAAAUUGAUCUUAGCGAAAACGAUAUAGAAGAAUCAGCUGCCAAUCUAUUUGAAAAUCUCGGAGGAAAAGUUGAAGAAGUUCAUCUCGAAUUUUGCGGUAUUAAUGAAUUAACGGCAAAAUAUAUUUCUCAUCAGUUAAAACAACGUAAUAAUAAUUUAAAGGUAAUUAAUUUGAAUAGAAACUUUUGUAUAAGUAAAAAUUACGAAUGUUUAAUUGCAAAUUAUAAAUGAAAAGU